AGUUUUACAAGACUGUGAACUUACGUUGGUGGUCUAGGAACUGUUAACGAACAACAUAGAGGUAAAUCUUUUCUUAAGAAAUUACAGUUAUAGUCUAUGAAGUUGAUAAGUAUAAUAUUUAAGAGAGCUUAAUAUAUAAUACGAUAUCAUAAGAGUGCAAACAAUACUUUUCUGGAGCAUAAAUGUAAUUAUCUCGGAAACAAAAAACCAAUUGAAAGUCACCAAUUUGAGCUAAUUGUCAACUUUUCCUGGAAAAAGUUAUGGCUUCUGUGAUUAGCGAUAAAACAUUGUUACUGUGAAAUAUAGGAAAGGCAGCAUAAGAAUCAUUUUUAAACAUUUUCAAAGUAUUUAACUAAUAUAUUUAUAAUAUAAUAUAUACUAUAUACUGCAAAAAGAUUCUUCCUUUCAAACUAUUAUUGCCUAAAUGAGAAUACUUGAACCAUAUCUAUGUAUUCUUUUUUAGAACGUUCUAAACGGAUACUAUUUCUAUUGCAGAUAUUAUUACAGGUUUACUGACUUGACGAAUACAGACAAAAUGGCAGACACAAAUAUGUCAAAUGAAAAUCCACAAUUUCAAAAUUUUCGUUCAAAUAUCCAAAUGCAACCUCGAGGAGCUGGUAGUCCUAAUUUGGAAGGUUAUCCCCUAAGAAAUACAAAGUAUAACGGAAAAGCUUCUAAAAUUCUUGGAAUUUUGCAACUAGUUUUUGCAAUUACGGCAAUUAUUCCAAACUCGAUUAUCAUUACUAUGACAGCAAACAGUUUCGAGUAUCCCGCUCUACAUAGAAUUGGAGCAGCAUUUUGGUCUGGAGUCCCAUUCGUAAUUGCCGCCAUUCUUGGUAUUGUUGCCGCAAAAAAGAAACAAACUUGCCCUAUUGUUGGAUUUAUGGCUAUGUCAAUAAUAUCAGCUGUCUUCUCUGUCGUACUACUCACAAUAGGAAUUGUUGGCAUCGCUGCUAUAUAUGACGAAAGUUAUGAAUUAGAAUAUAGAUAUAAUACUGAUUUUAUGACCUUAUUGAACAAAAACUUUAAUAUCGUAAUAAUAAUGUAUAUCUUUCUGAUAUUGUCCGCACUGGGUGAGGGCAUUACUUGUAUAGUUUCUGCAGCAAUAUGCUGCAAGGCUGUCUGUUGCUGUCACCAGGGAAUUUCAGAUAUUCUAUACGGUCAACCAUACUAUAAUCGAUUACCAGACGAAAGACACGUUAUUCCAGCUCUCUCAUCGGAGCCAAGACAAAUACCGGUAUCCAACUUGGAGCAGGGUACAUCCCCGGGCAAUACAUUACCUGGUUCUCCAGUUUGCGCUGAUGUAACCCAUCUAAUAUCAACCGAAAAUUGCUAG